UUGGGCAGCCGGCGCUGGCGGCGGGCGGUUGGCUGGGCCGUUGGUGGCAGCGGGGCUGAGCGUCCCAAGCCGAGCCGGAGCGGCGUCCCCGCGGCCAGAUGGCUUCAAACUACAGAAAACCUGGCUUAGGUACAGCCCAGCGGAAGAAAAGUGGCUUGAAACCUGAACUCACAGAAGAGCAAAAGCAGGAGAUCAGAGAAGCUUUCGAUUUGUUUGAUACCGAUGGAUCUGGAAGCAUCGACGUAAAAGAACUGAAGGUUGCGAUGCGUGCUUUGGGCUUUGAGCCAAAGAAGGAAGAAAUCAAGAAAAUGAUAGCAGAUAUUGACAAAGAAGGAAGUGGCACCAUUGACUUUGAAGACUUUUUGGCUAUGAUGACACAAAAAAUGAGUGAAAAGGAUUCAAAAGAAGAAAUCCUGAAAGCUUUCAGAUUAUUUGAUGAUGAUGGAACUGGAAAAAUUUCAUUCAAGAACUUGAAAAGAGUCGCCAAGGAGCUGGGAGAAAAUUUAACAGAUGAAGAACUGCAGGAGAUGAUUGAUGAAGCUGAUCGAGAUGGAGAUGGAGAAGUAAGCGAGCAAGAGUUUCUGAGAAUCAUGAAGAAAAUGAGCUUGUAUUAGUAUUUGUUGCCUUGCUCUACAGCUGCUCCAAAAGAUAACCUGGAAAAGACCUUAAAAAAAAAAAAAAGAAAACCUUAAAAACUGGGCUUGUAUCUCCUGUGUGUUUUCUGCCAUAUAGAGUAUGAAAGGAGAGUUUUUUGGUUCUUUUUUUUUAGCAAAGUUAAUUGGGAAGGAGGUGUUUCAGUACCCACAACUGUUUAAAGUUAAGAUACUGCAGAAGUGAAAAAGGAAGGAUGACCAGAAUCUGCAAGGCAGGUCAGACCCUCCCCUUUGACAAUUAUACUGAUUGCCAUUUUGGGUAAAAAAUGCUGUGUUUCAAGAAUUUAAGUAAAAGACAUUUCACUCGAGGUGUGAAGAUUCCCAUUGCUGCUAGGAAAGGCCACUAUUGACUUUCCUAAUGUGACAGAAUAAAGGUACAAGCACAGCAUUUUUAUUGUUUUUAAGGCUUUUAGGUUAUCUUUUGGUAUAUGCCUCCUUUUGUUUAUGUCAAUGGAAGACUAAAUCUGCUGCUUAUCUGUCUUUAAUUCUGUAUGAAACACUUAUUUUCCCAUAGCAAGUUGGUUUUGGACCUUGUGGGAAGCAAACAUAGACACCCAGGUUUGGUUUUCCAUUUGGAGCUGUGUGCCAUCUGUAGCUGUUCUUCUGAUGAUCUGAAAACUUACUCAAAUGUAACCUGCUUGGAUUAUCAAACUUUAUUGUAUAACCAGUGAGCAAUCUUGUGCUGUUGUUCUUACUCCCAGGACAUUUCAGACCUGCUGUUAUGCCAGGAUUAUGGGUACCUAAAAAGUUCAGUUCUGCACUAGGGUGAAUUUUGCCUUUCACCAUUACAUUUAAGUUGCAGGGAGUGCUCACAUCUGAAGUGAAAAAGCAGCUCGGCUUGGAUAUCUGUAGAACACCAAAUACAUUCAGAUCCACACAAAACAAAUUCAUUUCAGACAUCACAGGUUUGGGUUUUUCCAGAAGUACCUCCGUUUUCUUAACCACUGCAGACACUGUCACUCUGGGGCUUGCUGGAGAGUCACAUUUCCAUCUGUACUGUGGUGACAAAGCAGUGACACACAACAUGACAUCUGACUGUGGUUCUGCAGGAGGGUUCGUUCUUGGGUCCUACUUAGACAAUUGGGUUGAAAACUGCAGGGAAAAGGUGUGAUCCUAAAUUGUGUCUCUGUCCAGUUAGGUGUCUGAAGAGUUUGUUACUGCUCACAGAUAAGUAGCAAAAUGUCAGACAGGUUCAGUGGGAAGAGGAGGGAAAGAAGAGUUUUUCAGCAGUACCUGUUAAGAUCCCUUUUCUUCAGACAGCUUCUGCUGCUUGACAGCACUAGGAAGGUUUGUAGAAGGAAGGAAGAGUCAGGUCCUGGAGCUGCUUCAGUUCUCAUGAGCUGUAAGGACCCAGCAGGGGGAAAAUUAGCUUCAGAAGUGUUCAUUUACCUAUCUUCUCAGUGUGCAGAUGUGGACUUGGUACAUUCUACCCCAGUCCCCCAAGUUUUGUACUCCAAACAACUCUAAAGAGACCUUCUCUAACCUGUAGAGAAGUAGUCUUAAACCCACAGGAGAACAGGGACUGUUUAGGACCCUGGAAAACCUGUGAAGUCCCCUAUUACCAUAUUCAGUGGCAGCAGAUGUAACCUAUCAUACUCUUUAAGUGUUUGAAAUGUCUACCAUGUUUGUACAAGUGUGAAAUAAAACUGUUUUGCAAGUUAA